AUGGGCUUUAGAAGGCAUAAAUUUUUACCUCUUGAUACUUUCAAGAAGGGAGAUCUUAGAUGGAGCAUGCGCAAGAUUAUAAUUCAGAGCGAGGCAAUAUGUCACGUGAGGUUUUCUGGCAAGGUGAAGGUGCCUCUUGUUCUGGAUUUCAGAGUCCUUCGUAAAUGGCUUGAAGUUGGAGCACCUAAACUUUGAGUAAAAAGAGCACCCAAUUUCACCCGAAGGAGAAAGUAUCAAACUAAGCAAUUAAUUAAAUUUCUUAAUUAUUGUAAAAAUGGAUAUUCAAAGAAAUUGGGCUAUUUAAAAAAUCGUCAGGCAUAAAUAUGUAUUUCUUUUAAUUUUUUGAAAUUAUAUGCACUAUGAAGGGUUGAUAAAAAUAAAUUUUUCCUAUUUUUAGCAAUCAUUUUUUAAAUAGUAGCAUAUGAUUUUGCCUAAGUUUUGUAUUAUAGUUAUAAAUGAUUUCAAAAUGGCUUAGAAAUCAGAAGUAAAAUAUUCUUUACAAAAGUAAUCCUAUUGACUAAUACUUUAAGUAAACUUGCAGAGAAAAAUUUUAGUGACGUAAAAUUUGACUGUCAAGCUGAACUCCUGUUUUUGUGGCUCAAUUAACUACAUUUGAAUUAUCUCGUUGCAUAAAAAGUUAGAUGAAAAAUGUGUUCUAAAUCGUCCUUAUUCAUUCUUAAUUGUUUAUAAACUAUUUAUUUUCAAUAAAUAUCAAUAAAACUGCCUGUCUCCGCUAUUCUUAAGUGAUUCUUCUCGACAAUUCCAUCUUUGCCUCAUUCAAUUGGCGAAUUUUCUCAAUGAAUUAUAAUCAAUAAUUCCUAAUAAAAUGGAUCACACUGAACAACUUACACAUGAGCACAAAGAACUUUCACAAAAAUUUUUGUUUGCAAGGCUAGAGACAUACAAUUUUUAUAAUAGAGACCCCAGCCCUGUCAUGAAAACUAGAGAUAGGCAUCAACCUUGCAGAGGGGAGAUUAGAAAGGCUCAAGAGUCAAUUUCACAUAUAUAUUAUCCCCCUAA